AUGGCUGUUGAUGCAAUGGAAAUAGACUCGACGCCCGUCUCCGCAGCCCAGGCUGGCUCCGAAAAAGACCGGAAGCGUAAACACAAGCACAAAGACGAAACCUCAUCUCCAUCGUCAAAGAAGCGCAAGCACGAAAAAAGUGACAAGAAAGACAAAAAAGACACGAAGAAGAAGGACAAAUCCUCGUCCAAAAGUAGCAGCAGCAGCAAGAAGGACAAGAGUAGCAGACCAGAUACCACGACAGCUGCUACGCCUGCACCCGUCCCAGAGUCUCCGUACACUUUAACUACCGCAACGCUCUACCUGCCUCUUUCGCCCAUCUCAAUCUCUCCUACGCACGCUCUCGCCUCGCUACUUGCUGAACACCUAUCCCCGCUGCUCCUUACCUACUACCCGCCUUUCCAGGGCAUAAUUCUCGCUUACUCCAAUGCUUCGAUAUCAAGUGAACCACCCUCGCCCUCGUCUCCGACCUCCACAACCUCACCAAACCCGCAACCACUAACCCUAGCCACCACGGCCGGCGAAUACGGCGUUAUGUAUGUCUAUCUCACAGCGACCUUCCUUGUCUUCCGCCCGCAGCGCGGACAGACCCUCGAGGGCUGGGUCAACGUGCAAUCAGAGGGCUUUCUGGGCGCCGUUGUCCUCAACCUCUUCUCAGUCGGAAUCGAGCGCAAGCGCCUCCCUUCAACCUGGAAAUGGAUUCCUCCCGGUGAAGAGGAUGAGAACGAGAACGGAACAACGACAAACCCUAACUCAGACGAAGACGACGAUAGUACGCCCUCUACACCCUUCGAUCCUGAAAAAGAACACUUCAACCCCGUCCCGCUAGCUUCAGACUCCAAUCCCUUUUCCUAUGACCAAGGCCAAGUCGCAGAUUCCACAACUGGCGCAAUUGGCCAACUCGAAGGCGAGGAGGGAACAACCGACCAAGACUCCCUCGAAGGCCACUUCCAAUCCGUCUCUGGUCACCGCGUGCGCGGGACAAUCAAGUUCCGCGUUGUCGAUAUCGACGUCAUCCCUGGCACAGAGCGGGACCGCGGCUUCCUAAGCAUAGAAGGGACGAUGCUCUCUGAGGACGAGGAGAGCAGAGUUGUUGAGGACGAGAGAAAUGGGGUUAUGGCGGCUGUGCCUUCGAGCGUGCGGAAGGUUACGGUUCCGAUGUCGUCGGGCGGCAUUAUCGUUCCGCAAAGGGAGGACGUUGAGCUUGAGGAGUCGCCGAGCAAGAAGGCGAGGAAAAGCAAAAAAUAG